AUGGAGGCUGGUCCUAACGGGACGGUGGCUUCGGUCGGGAAAUACAGCUACGAUGCUUACGGGAGGAGGAUCAGAUUCAGCUGGUUUGGAUACGAUCAAAGUGGGACGUACAGCAAGGACGUCCUGAUGCUGUUUAACGAGGGUGUCUCAUAUGAAAUCAACUGGCUUACCUUCACCUGUACCAAGAGGGCACUGAAGACUCCCUUCCACCCCAUGGAAGUCCCUAAGGAUGCUGCUCUGAUGGGCCAGGUGGUGGUGGGAAGCUCCUCUGGGUACGGGCAGGGUGUACUGGUCAAUACCUGGAUUGCAGAGGACCCAGAGACACAAAGUAAGGGCGAUGGGGCCAAGUACAUGACCACCUUCACCGAGAUCGCCUGUGUGCCCAUGACUACCAUGUACUACACCGCCGAGACAGGAUGGAUGGCUCUUAGCCCAGCUGGAGGGAACGACUGA